AUGUAUGAAGUGGUAUGUUCUAACUGGCUCACGGCGGCUUUCACUGUUGAUCGGUACUUGAUGAUUUGCCACCCCUUCAUCGCCAAACGCUGGUGCACCCUUCGACUUAGCAAACUGGUCAUUGCCGCCGUAAGCUUGGCAAGUCUGUGCUAUACGCUGCCGCGUUUCUACGAGUACGUCUACUUCACACCCACCACUUACCCCAUGGCAAAAGACUCCCCUCUCAAAUUGCCUAGCCACUGGUACCAGCUCUCAGCCAUGGGGGACUCGAACGCAUUCCGUUAUGGAUACCACCUCUGGGCGUGGUGUGUGCUGGUAAUCGGAAUACCCUCUCUUGUCAUCGCUGUGCUUAAUAUCUUCCUCGUGCGGGAAAUAAAGCGAUCCAUCAAGCGCAUGAGAUUUGAGCAGGGAGUGAAGACUAGACGGCAUGAGACUGACGUUAUGCUAAUUGGCGUCAUUGUCAUCUUCUUCGUCUGCCAGAUUCCCUCGUCAGUGAGCCACGUCAUGUGGGGCAUCCAUGGCUAUCGACAGAACCAGUCGGAACCCUGGAUAAUUCUAAACGAAGUUGGCAAUCUCUUCGUUAUCCUCAAUGCCUCGAUCAAUAUCAUCCCCUAUUACCUUUUCAGCAGACGUUUUCGCACCCUCUUUAUAGUAAUUUAUUUUGGUUGGCUUACAAACUGUGCAAAUCACCGGCGAGUGCUGCUCCCCAGCCAUCAACUAGUCCCUCAGGCUCAGCACACACCUAAUGGAAGACCCCGUCUCCCCUCACGCGGAACCGCACAGCCUCCGGGUAAGGUGGGCUCCUGUCCAAUCAUCGUUGUUAAUUUGGAUGGGAAAGAAAACGUGUUUAAGUGA